UGGAAGCUUUAAGAGUUGAGGAAGCCUCAAAUUUCAGGUCCCGAUGUAUGUACGAUGUGUUCAUGAGUUUUAGAGGCGAGGAUACUCGUAAGACUUUCACUGAUCAGCUUUACAAAGCUUUGGUGGAUGAGGGUUAUCGAACAUUCAGAGAUGAUAAUGAAAUUGAAAGAGGGGAAGAUAUUAAAUCUGAAUUGGAUAAAGCAAUUCAUAGCUCAAAGAGUUCAAUUAUCGUCUUGUCAAAAAAUUAUGCAACAUCUAGUUGGUGCCUUGAUGAGCUUGUCAUGAUUCUUGAAAACAAGAGGAAAAGAGGACAUUCUAUAUUGCCAGUUUUCUACUAUGUGGAUCCGCUCGAUGUUGGAAAGCAAAUGGGGAGCUUUGCUACUGCAUUUGCUAGUUAUGAACAACGAAUAAUGGAACAAACUGAUGAAGGUAAAGAGGAGUGGAUCGAGAAGAUCAAACGGUGGAGGGAAGCACUCAGGGAAGUGGCUGAUCAACGUGGGAAUGGGAUGGUUUUACAGAAUUCAGAUCAAGAGCUUGCCAUGCCUAACAUCAAACAAUGGAUACACAAUGCUUGCUUCAACAAAAUAUUAAUCUGUUUGUCAACCGUAACACAUAUGACUAACCAACAUUUCUGUUUUUGUUUGUUCCACUUUGAUCUUUAUUGUAGGACUGAUGAGUUGAGAUUUAUAGAGAAACUUGUGAAAGUUACUGAAAAUAAAGUAAACCGUUCAAUCCUCAGUGUUGCUCCUUACCUAAUUGGUAUACAUUUUCGGGUUAACAAUAUUUGCUUGUGGUUGCAACAUAAAACAGAUGAUGUUGGUAUUUGGGGCAUUUGUGGUAUGGGUGGUAUAGGGAAGACAACAAUCGCCAAAUAUGCAUUUAACUCUAACUUUGAAAGUUUUGAAAGAAGCAGCUUCCUCUACAAUGUUAGAGAUUUUUCCGAGUCUACCGAUGGACUAAUUUAUCUGCAGAAACAAUUUCUUUCUGAUAUUCUUGAUGGGAGAAAGAUUGACAUUCAGAGUGUUGAAGAUGGAAUCAAUCAGAUCAAAAGUGCUGUUUAUGGUAAGAGGGUUCUCGUUGUGCUGGAUGAUAUUGAUGAAGUGGAACAGUUAGCUGCUAUCGUUGGAAUGCGAGAUUGCUUUUAUUCAGGUAGUAAAAUUAUAGUGACAACUAGGCAGAUAGAGUUACUGAGGGCUUGUGAAAUUGAAUUGAUUGAUCAUGUUCAGAAACUGAACAAAGAUGAAUCCGUUGAACUAUUUAGUUGGCAUGCAUUCGGACAAGGCCAUCCAGUCGAGCAUUACACCAAGUUCUUGAGAAGGAUUAUAGAAUACUGUAUUGGAUGUCCUCUAGCUUUACAAGUUUUGGGUUCUUCUCUCUCUGGUAAAAGUCUAGAUGUAUGGGAAAGUACACUGAAGAAACUAGAGGUAAUUCCUAAUAGUCAAGUAUCCAAGAAAUUGCAGAUUAGUUUCGCCUUUAUACAAGAUGAUCAUGACAAAAGCCUAUUCCUUGACAUUGCCUGCUUCUUUCUUGGAAAGAAUGUAGACCACGUUGUCACUAUACUUGAUGCAUGUGGAUAUUAUUCAAUGGUUGGGAUUCAGAAUCUCCAAGAUAUAUUCUUGUUAAAAAUUGAUGAAUAUGGUAGACUGAUGAUGCAUCCAUUAGUUAGAGAUAUGGGACGAGAAAUUAUACGUCAAGAAUCACCUAAGUAUCCUGAAAGACGGAGUAGAUUGUGGCAUUACAAAGACUCAUUUAAAGUUUUGAAAGACAAAAAUGUAAGAUAAUUCAUCUUCAUUUAC